AUGACGGAUACGCAGGUUGCGAUCACCUUACUCCCCAUCAACUCCCGGGAAGAUGCAAAUCCAGCUUCUCGACGGCUGGUUCUGUCCGAAGAUAACCCUGUCAUUUUCCUUGGUCGAUCGUCAAAACGAGAAAUCCGAAACCGUGAGCCAGCGAGUGAUAAUGGCUGGUAUGAUUCGCGAGACGUCUACAUAUACGACUCCGGCUCAACUCAUGGUACCUGGCUCAACAACCUCAAACUGGUACACGAACAGAAAACUCCUUUGCUGAAUGGUGAUAUUCUACGAUUCGGUGUCAACGUAGAUCGCGGCGACGAGGAGUUUCCUGCACUGAGCGUCCGCUGCGAGAUAAAAUGGUCAGAAAAAGACUCGGUCGAAGAAAUCCCAAAGCCCAACAUCCCAGAGCCUUCGGUAAUCGUAUUGAACCAGGAAGAGGCCCCCCGUCCAACCUCAUCCAGCAACACGUUCUGUGUACCGGAGGGUGACAGCGAUAUCGAAGACGUCUCAUCUAAGGACAUGACUCUCACUGAAUUCGAUGGAGCGGGCGCUUCAACUAUUCCCCCUUCUGUCCGAGCUGCCCCCACGCUUCAGGAUAUUGUCAACUUGGACGACGACCAGGAGGUCCAUCCGACGCAUCAACAUCACGCUGAUCCACCCAAGCAAUUCUCUGUUUGGGACUCUGGGCCAGGGGAUGCCUAUGCGGAGCAAGAGUCGGACCGAGAAUAUGUGCUUUCCGAAUAUUCUGAGGAGGAAUCGGAUCUGGAGUCCUCGAAAUCCACUUCAUCUCACACCAGUGAAAGUGAAGUUGUCAGAAAUCAAUUUAAAUUCGUUGAACGGUCCGACAGCCCGGAAGACUCAAUCUCAGAUGAGGAUCCUGAUCUUAGCGACAAUGAAAAGGAUGAAUGCAUUGAUCCAAGGGUGCUGGCUCAAAAGAAUAGCCUCGAACCCACUCUCUCCGACAAGUUUGGUAACAAUGCAUGGAUGGAUCAAAAGGCGGAUCAGUCCAUCAGUCCGAUUAAGCCUUUCAAUACUCCCUGUCGCCCCUCCCUGCCCGGAUAUCCCUAUGCCUCAUAUGGCAGGAGCUACAGUCCUCCAGCUCCCACUGGAGCUGGCAAUCAUAUGCCUCUUCAGCUACCUCCAUAUUAUGACCCCAUCAACUCCCCGUACCCAGGUUACAGAGAGGGACCAUUUUCGUGGGAUUACCAGUCUAUUCAACCUCCUCUGCCCCAUCCCCCUUAUUCGUGGACACAGCUCUCUUCCCAUAAGCAAAAGGUUCCUGCUUCGCAAGACAACUCCAUGGAAAUACUCAAGGAUAAUAUUGAGACGGCUCACGAUGAUGGAACACCCUUGAAGCCAACUUCGUCGGCCAUGAAGCGCAAAGCUUCUGAGAUGGAGUCCCAGGAUAAUCUACAAGAUGCCCAAAAGCCCGACCCAGUGUACCUAGCAUCUCAGGAGCCCGAACUCGAUGAAAUCUCCCAAUCUAUGAUAGUAUCUGCGAUCACAUCUGCACUUUCUGAGGCCGGCGAGGAAACCGAACUCGAACCUCCAACAAAGAAAAUCAAGCCGUCCCCGGCUCCUCCCAAGAACCUGGCACGCUAUACAGCGACUGCCGUUGUUAGUGCUCUACUUGGAGGUCUGGGGACCAUCGCUCUUUUGGCGGCUCUACCAGCAGAAUACUUCCAGUAG